CACAAUAGAAUAGCAUGUUUGUUUGAUUGAUUAUUAGGUAUUGAUGAAUGAUAGUAGUGUUUGGAUGAAGUAGAAUACCGUACAGCGACAAUGGGGAGCGGAAGAAGGGAUUUGCUGCUGCAACCUGUUCCCGCGUUAAGAAAGUCCACCAUUCCGUUCACUCCUGCAAGGACAAAAGUGUACGCGAUUGCACCUUCUGCAUCGGGUUAUUCUUCCUCAAGCCGCGUACUCGGUAACGCCAACGGUGACGACGACGACGAUUCGUCAGAAAGCACAGGAGGCGAGCGUCUUCCACACGGUGACGAAGGAUUCCCGUACGAAGGGAACGAUGCCAGCGGAGACGGCAGGAACCAUAGAGACCGGGAGGAAGACCAAGAGCUUUCAUCUUAUCCGUCGAAAGAACAUAUCUAUUCUUUGCAAGACGAAAACUCCGAUCUGCAAAAACGUAUUCAACGACUCGAAAUAGUCUUGCGGGACAACGGCUUCGAUAGGGAUGGGAAGCGAAUAAUAAUCUCUCCGGGAGCUAGAGCGACAGAUGGUGCCGCGAUCGAUGGGAGAUGCAUCGAAAUGAUGUCCAUGAUGGGGAUGGAUCCCGAGCGGCCGACGGUACUCACAAAAUACAUGGAAUUCAAGGUCCUCGAAUUACAGGACGAACUCGAGGCGAUGGAGCUAGAUCGUGACAGGCUCCGAUCGAUGAUUCGCGAUUUGAAAGCGUCGGGAUCGGGCACAAAACCAAGAAUGCCAAAGGGAGCUGAAACGGGGGAAGGAAAGGAACUCGAGAAUGACGACGAAAGCAGCAGCAGCAGUGACAGUGACAAUGAGAGUGAUAGUGAUAGUGACAGUGACAAUGAGCAUGCCAGGAACAAAAAAGCUAAAAGCAGGUCCAUGAAGCUAAGGCGUGAUGGUGGCGUGAGCGAUGAUGAAACCGACGACGACGAAACCGACGAUGAUGACACCGCUGACGACGAAACAGACGGGGACGAAAGUGAAAGCUCUGUCAGUGACGACGCAGGCAGUCAAGAGGAAAGCACUAGAGCUGCAACACCUGGUAACAGGGCAACCCCCGACGAAAGUAGGAAGCAAGAAGAAAAAAUGGAAGAACUUCGGCUAAAAAAAUCAAAACUCGAAGAAUUGCUUACCAAAGUUGUCGACGAAUCUACAAAACGCGAAACGCUUCUGAAGCAGAAAGUUAAUGAGCUUGAAGCACACAUUGAUGAGACGGAGCAUAAGGAAGAACUCCUACGUGAACAGAUGCGCAGCGAGUUUGAAACAAAGGAGAAAGAAGAAAAUCAGGCAACCAUUGCUCCUCCUGAAAAUACAAUUUCAUCUGACCAAUAUAGAGAGCAAGAGGAGGAAUUGCAAGAAACAAAAAAGAAAAACAAAGAAAUGGAACAGUGGCUCACCAAAGUUGUUGAAGAAUCUACCAAACGCGAAGCUCUUUUGAAACAGAAAAUCACUGAGCUGGAAACAAGCGUUGAUCGAUUCGAGAACCAGGAAGCACUCCUCCGUGAACAAAUAUACGAGGAAUUUGAAGCAAAGAAGGAAGAAGAGACCAUUGCUGUAAAUGCUGAAAACACAGUUUCUUCCGACCAAUACAGAGAGCAAGAAGAAGAAUUGCAAGAAACAAAGAAAAAGAACAAAGAAAUGGAACAGUGGCUUACCAAAGUUGUUGAAGAAUCUACCAAACGCGAAACUCUUUUGAAAAAGAAAGUUACUGAGCUUGAAACAAGCAUUGACAAGUUUGAAAACCAAGAAACACUCCUCGCUUCCAAAGUGGUAGAAGAAUCUACUAAACGCGAGACUAUUUUGAAAGAAAAAAUCAGUGAGCUUGAAGCAAGCAUUGVCGAGUUUGARAACCAAGAAACACUCCUUGCUUCCAAAGUGGUAGAAGAAUCUACUAAACGCGAGAAUAUUUUGAAACAAAAAAUCAGUGAGCUUGAAGCAAGCAUUGACGAGUUUGAAAACCAAGAAACACUCCUUGCUUCCAAAGUGGUAGAAGAAUCUACUAAACGCGAGAAUCUUUUGAAACAGAAAAUCAGCGAACUUGAAGAAAGUGUUGACAAGUUUGAGAACCAAGAAACAUUCCUCCGUGAACAAAUAUACAAGGAAUUCGAAGCAAAGAAAGAGAAAGAGACCCUUCCUGCUGAUGCUGUUGAUUCUGAUGGCCGAAAUGUGAUUUCCUCUGACCAAUUUUUAGCGCAAGAAGAAGAAUUGCAAGAAACAAAAAAGAAAAACAAGAAAAUGGAGAGAUGGCUUACUAAAAUUGUUGAAGAAUCUACAAAACGAGAAAAUCUCUUAAAGCAAAAGCUUCGUGACUUGGAAGCGAAUGUCGGAGACACAACAGACCAAGAGAGGCUCCUUCAAGAACAAGUCAAUGGAUUGGAAACGACGAAAAAAGAACUCGAAGAAAAAUGCUCUCGUGCUCUUGAGCUGGAAAGCUUCAUGGAAUCUGCAUUGGAAAAAGAAAUCAAGCAACAAGAGCGUUUGACGAAACGAUUUGUUCAAUUGAAAGCAAAAGCGGAGAAAACUACACAGAUCCAUGAGAAAGAGGUGAAGCAUCUCAACUCACGUGUAUCAGACCUGGAGACACAGCUAGCAUCAUCGGUGAAAGAUGACGAACAGCGCAAGCAGCUUGAUAAUCGUAUAACGGAACGAAUUGCCGAGCUGGAAGCAAAGGCUGAACAGAUGCGCCGCGAUGGCAACAGGAAGAAACAUUUCGAGUCACGCAUAGCUGACCUAGAGGCAGAGCUAGCGUUGUCGUUGCAAAACAACGAUUCCAAAGAGGAGGGAAGAGAGGGGCAGUACAAUCCCAGUAGCUUCUAUCAAGACCUUAUUAAGGAGAGAAACAAUCUGGCUGAUAGGGUCUCUGAGCUCGAAGAAGAGCUAGAAGCGGAAAGAACAGUUCGAGAGGAGUUUAAACAAACUGUCGACGAGUUGAAUAUUGAAAUAGAAACACAUGCGCAAAAAUAUAAAGCAAUCGAAGCAGAAAAUCUCGAGUUGGAAAAGGAGUUGGAACUAGGAAAGUCUGAGCACAUUCGUCUGAAAAAAAAUGUUGACGAGCUAAGGGAUGAAUUUGAAACGAUAACAGAAGACUACAAUUCAGUCACUGCUAUUAACCUGGAUCUUGGGCAAAAACUGGUAUCAGCCAAUACAGAGCGGAACCGCCUAGAGGAGCGUCUUUCUGAGCUUCAGGAUGUACUUGACUCGAAUACAAAUGAGCGUGGUAUCGAAGAAAUUCCAAAAAGCAUUCCAACUGGGAUGCAGAACGAGCUUGAAACACUAGUCGAUGAGAAUAAAAAGAAGCAAGAGCAACUCAAUUCACGCAUUUUCACUCUUGAAAAUGACCUGGAAUCAAGCUAUCAAGAACGGAGUCGUCUUGAGGAUCGCAUAGUCGAAAUGCGGAAGGAAAUUGAUUUGGAGAAAAGCGCGCAAGUUCAAAUAAGUGGUGAUGUUGCUGCGCUCAAAAUCGAGCUUGAACGGGUGAGAAACAUCACUCAAACCCGAAUUGCGGAACUUGAGACGGAAUUAGCAUCGGGAAAGGCAGAACAUGAUCGUCUCCUUCAGGUUGUUCGCGAGCUAGAAGAUGAACGCAAAGUGAGAGGAGAAAAACACGACAGUGCAGCGAAAAAGGUCGUAGAAAAGCACAGUAAGGCAAAUAGCAAGCUCGAGGCCCGUAAUCUGAAACUCGAGGAAGAGCUAGACUCGUAUAAAAGAAAACAAGAACACCUUGAUGCCCAAAUUUUGGAAUUGCAGAAAGAACUCGAAAUGGCUACUGAAAGAAGUAGGAAGGCACAGGAAAUACGGGAUGAAAAUGACCUCAAGUUCAAAUACGAACUGGAAGCAGAAAAGACCGAACAGAAACGCCUAAAUAAGCUUGUUCAUGAACUAGAGGAUAAAGUUGAAAAGGCGGCAGGGAAAUAUGAAUUCGAGCUGGAAGCAAAAAGAGCCGAACAGGAGCGUCUGAAUGACAUCAUUGAAACAAUGCAGAACGAGGUUGAAAUGAAUACAGAAGAGAACGAUAAAAUUAUCGAGAGCCUGAAUGGUCGCAUUGGCGACUUCAAAAAUGAACUUGAAGCUCUCAAUGCAAAGAUUGCGGAACUCGAGCAAGAGCUAACAAUCCUUGAGGAAGAGCCGAAGGACGCCACAAAUAACGGCGCCCAGAUAAUUGACCAAAACCUUACUGAUCGUAUCCUUGAGCUCGAGACCAAUCUAGAGUCAACUUUGGACAGAGAAAAGAAAGAACAAGAACAGCUUAUUGUCCGCACUUUGGAACUUGAGAAAGAAUUAGAAUCCACGAUCGAGAAAACGUUGAAGAAUGAACAGCAUUUGUACUUUCAAAUAUUGGAAAUGGAGAAGGAGUUAGCCUCCAGUCGAGAUGAGGCAAGGAAUCAAGAAGAGCGUUUAUCAGCCCAGAUACGCGAGCUAGAAAUGGAUAUAGAUACGACGAAAGAAGAAGGACACGAAAAGGAGUGGGUUUCAGAGCUAGGAAAGGAGUCAGAGAAAAUGGAAUCUCUCAUAAAUAUGAUUGAUAGAGAGCGAAAGGAAAACGGAGUUCUCAAUGAGAAGUACUCGGGAUUAAAGCACGAUUUUGAGUUAUACAAAAAGAAAAACAAAAAGCUAUCUUCGCAAUACGUCAACAUCACACUCGAGGGGAACCGACAUCUUAAACUUCUCCUACGUCGUGUCGCCGAGCUCGAGCAGGAGAUUCUGCAUAUUACAAAAAGCAAUGCUACCGAGAAAAAACUCACCACGAGGCACGACGAAGAGCUGGACAGAGACCUUCGAGAAAGAGCCCAGAAAAAUGAAGCCGAGCGAAAAGAUCUGAACGAGCUUGAACCCGAAAAGAAUGAAAAGAAUCGGGUCCGCCCUAGCGGCGGUGAAGUAGACGUUCGACGAACUCAAAAAGAGGAUGGACACCAUUCCGACAAAACUGAAGCAUCCACGUCUUUCGCUACUACAAUCGAACACCAAGUUGCGAAUGACAAACUUAGUGCUCAUUUAAGAAACUCUUCACCCAGUAAUAGGGAAACAGACAGUCCAGAAUCUUCAAUAGCAGAAGAAGAAUUGAAAGCCCCAAGGAAUCAAAAGUUUACGAAAUCUAUGUCAGAAUCGAAAGCUGACUUAAUGGAAGAAUAUCUUCAUCCACUUCUAACCGAAACCGAACAGAAACUCGGCGAUGAGAUACCAAGCAACAUUAUCGGAAGGAUACACGAUGCCUUUCUAGACAAUUUCACGAAUGGAAAAUAUGAUUUAAGAUGGGAAGAGUUUGAAGAAAUUCUUGAGGAAGCUUGCCAAGGACACGACGAGGAGACGUGGUUCAAUAUUCAAGAGGCUUUUUUCACUGUAUGGGAGACAGCAAUGAAAAACAAUCCAGAUCGUGAUCGUGAAGUGAUCACAAAAUGGGAAUCAUUUACGGAUUAGGACACAAAUCACUGGGGGUGUUUUCAUUUUAGAGCUCUGGGGUGUCUGGGGAAAUAAAUCUAGAUAGAAUCUGCCUAAAAUAUAUAACAUUAAGUAUU